CCCUGGUGGUCCGUCGCCCCUCUAGAGUCCUCACUCCUCCACCUCCAGGCGCGCAUCCGUACCCCCAAACCCCGGCCGCGCCCCCUCCCGAGUCCCCGGCCCCAUUCCCGGAUCGCGUCCCCACCCCUACUCCUGGUCCCUACCUCCAAACCCCGGCCGCAGCCCCUACCGAGUCCCCGCCUCCAUUCCCGGAUCGCGUCCCCAGUCCUACUCCCGGUCCGCACCCCUAAUCCCUGGCCGCACCCCUUCCCGAGUCCCCGCCCCCAUUCCCGGAUCACCACCCCCCCUCCCCCGCACUCGAGUCUGCACCCCCAGUACCCGGCCGCGCCCGCUCCCGCGUCCCCGCCCCCAUUCCCGGAUCGCGUCCCCCCCACUCCCGCGCCGGGUCCGCACCCACGCCCCGGCCGCGCCCCUUCCCGCGUCCCCGCCCCGGCCGCGCUCCCGCCCGGGUCCGCGCUGCGGCGGGGAGACGCGGCUGCUGGGCGGGCGGCGGGGGCGCCAUGGGCAGCGGCAGCAGCCGGAGCGGCCGGGCCCUGAGGCGGCUGCGCGGCCCCGACAGCAGGCCUGCGGGGCCCGGCGGGGCCGCCUCGGAGGGCGGGGCGCGGCCUCUGGUCUCGGGGACGGUGGCAGCCGCCCGGGUGGAGGCCCGGGAGGCGGAGGCGGCGGCCGGCCCCGGCCCCGCGGCGCUCCCCGACGGCGGGGACGAGACCCUGCGUCUGCUGGACCAGCUGCUGGCCGAGUCGGCGGCCUGGGGCUCGGGGGAGCCGACCCCGCGGGGCCCCGCGCGACCCGGACCCGCAGGCGGCGCCGGGAGCCGGGUGCCCUCAAGGCCGAGCGCUGACGACCCCCCAGGGAGCAGCAGCGUCUCCGGAGCCCCAGACAGCAGCCACAGGAUGCCAGACAGGCAGUCGGACAUCUCUGCCAUCUCGUAUGACUACUCGGAGGAGCAGCUGAUGGCCAGCAUCGAGCGGGAAUACUGUCGCUGAGGCCACCACAGCAGCCUUGCAGGCGGCCUGGCCCCAGCCCGUCCACACCGCUCCUCGGCCACUGGCCCCAUCUGACUGGACCCGGGUCACACAUCACCUCCCGCCGCCCAGGCUCUGGCUGCAGCUGAGCCCCCUCUACCACGAAGUUACUCCCGUCUCUUUCAAAACACCCGGCUUCCAGCAAGCUGGCUCCAGGGCUCAGCUGGACGGACCCAAGCCUGGAGGAAGGCGCAGGGGCUGGCCCACAGGUGCGGGGCCGGGGGUCUCCCUGAGGCUCCUCUCGGUCCCUGGGGAGGGCUUGUCUACAAGGUCCUGGCCUUCUCCGAUGGCCCUCUCUGCCUGGGCUGGGGACAGCUGAUCGGCUCACCACGGCUCCUCCGACGCUGCCUUCUAUGGGCCAGGGUGGGGUCUAGAGUCUGCAUUUCUAACCAGCUCCGGGUGAGACCCUGGCUCCUGGCCCUCCCCCCCUCCCCCCCCCCCUCGGGGGAGGAGGGAUUGAGCCGAAGCGUUAGAACCCUGAGACACUGGGCCGGCUCAGAGCCACAGCCCACAGCCAUCCCUGAAGACAUGCCCUGCUCCCCUGGAGGGUGCGGGGGGGGGAGGGGUGGGGGGGAGCGGGGGGGGGAGGGAGCGCAGGGCUGGGUGCUGUAGCCCCCAGUUCUGACCCUCCCUGUUGCACUCACUUGCAGCCACUUUCACCCUGUGAGCCUCAGUUUCCCCCUCCAGAAAGUGAGUCUUGGAGGCUCUUCCAGGCAUUCUGGCCCUGACAGCCUGGAGUUAGAUGAUGCCGGGCUUCCGUGAUCCCUGCUGUCCCGCCGCGCGCCGGGGCCCAGAACUGCCCCCUGCUGCUGACGGUGAGCCCCCCGCCCCCGAAGCACCUGCAGGGCUUGAGGGCCGCCCGCUCUCAGCAGACCAGGGCCUGACGGGACUGUUCUACUCCCUUCCCACCGCCUGGGAGGCCAGAGAGCCUGUGAGUGCUCCCAUCUGACCAGCGAGCAAGCUGAUUGGCCAAGGAUGCCUGUGAACCGCGGCAGGGCCAGGGCACCCCGGACUGACCUUCUGGAAGGGGGCCCAGGCGUGGGUGGUCGUGGAAGGCUCUGGGUGGCAUGCGUCGGAGGCCAGGUGGCAGGUCCCUCCAGAGCAGCUGGGAAGGCGUCGGAACAAAGGGGCGUGUGGGGGCGGCGCCAGCUUUUGCCGAAGCCAGAAUAGGUCUCAGCCGGUUGCAUUUUACCAGCCACACAGCAGCCUCCCUGGCAAGAUGCAAGAGCAUCUCGGGAGCUGACGAAGGGCCCCCUGGCACUGUCCCCAGACCCACAGGCCUGCUGCCGUCAUUGGCUGCCGGGUGUUGGCAUGAACUUUUAUUACUUGACAAGAGAGACUUUGAUGGGGUGUUCCGUGGCUGGGAGCCAGAGGCCAGCCGACGGAACCUUCCAGCAGCUGCCCUCACACAUCGACUCCGAACCUUGCCCGAGUGGCAGUGGCGCCCCAUCCAAGCCCAAAUCAUUUCUUUGGAUCAAAGAUGAGAGCCAUUACGAUUCGAAUCAUACAAAAUACUUCUUCUAAAAGAAGUUAGGAUGUUAUUUCUCACCCCCAGACAGACUAGGCCUUGAAUUUAACGACGUAAAGUGUUUACAAUUUUACAUUGUUAUUUUGUUAAAAUGGAAAAGAUUCAGGCCGUUUCCGAGAGAAGGACGCUACACCCCUGCCUUGUCUGGUGGAAACCUCCCACAACCCUUAAGAAGAUGAAAGUGUGAAGAAAAUAAAAUUCCUUACAUGGUUACUGCA